AUGGCUGGCGACGCUCCAUCUCCCUCGCCGCGGCCGCAAGGCCUCCCUGCCCACCCCCUCGGCUCCGGCCCCUUCCCUCCCCGCCCGGCGGGCGUCCUCGCGGGCUUCCCCGCGGGAUACCAGUCCCACCCCGCCUCCCAGCCCGCCCACCUCGCCCACCUCGACGCGGCCGAGGCGGUCCUCGCCCGCUGUGCCCGGUGGGCCGACGAGGUCGCGGCGGCCCGCGACGACGACGGCGGCUUCCCCGUGCUGUUCGAGCACGACGCGCCGGCCCCCCGGCCCGCCGUCGCCGCCGCCGACGACGACGACGACGACGACGACAAGCCCGCCAGCCAGGCGGAUGACGGCGGCAACGGCCGCUCGAGCGUCUCGUCCGGCCUGGUCGCCCUGCUCGACGACAUACAAGAGAUGGUGACAAGACAUCGCGCCAUCGCCGCCGCCGCCAUCGCCGCCGCCGCCCGGGACGGCUCCCAGGCAGGCGACGCCGACGACGACAACGGCCAUGACGGCAACGGCAACCGCGAGCCCGUCUCGCCCCGGCUGAUUGGCAUUCUCGCCGACCUGGGCGAUCUCGUGGACCGUCAUCGCGCCCUGCUCGACGCCCGGGACGGCUCCGAGCCCGAGGCCACAAGCUGA